UAUAUAGUGAAAGAGAGGUUUAAGAAAUAGAAAGAUAGCAUUGUUCGAGUUGAGAGAGCAAAACGCAACCACAAAACACGAAUUUUGCAUUUGCAGAAGGAAAUAUCUUCAACAUCCAACAAAAACGACAAAGCCGAAAGGUGCAGAUUUCGUGUGAAUCCAAAGAUAUCUUUUGAUCUUAUUAUCAGCCGAUUCCGCCACUUGGUAUCUCCAUUCUCAACCCCUUAUCACCUCCUUGCCACUCUCUCUCUUUCUCUCUGAUCCGGUGAUAGGGUUGGGUCUUACAAAGUCUAAACCAUGAACAGCCUCACAAACUUACAAAAUCUAAACCAUGGACGGCCCCACAAAAGCAACUAGUAUAAACCCUCUGUAAUUCUACCAAUCCCCAUCACGAGUCGAACAAAAUAAAGUCCACAUUCAAUGGCUCUCUUAGCACCACCACCACCCAAUGCCAAACCCUUCUCAAUUUCAAAACUCGGGCACCCAACACGCCGGCCGGCACAAACUCCAGUCCGCUCCGGCGUAUCCACGUUUGUAACUUAUGGUAGAAACAUAAGCACAAUAUGCAAUUCCAAUAGUUUUAACCCAGAAAGAAGAGUUUGUUUUAGUAAAAGGGUAUUGCCAAUUGUACGUGCGGCUUCCAUAUUGGGGUCAGAGGAGGAACAACAAGAACCGAGUUUUGGAAGAAUUUUGCUCUCUGAUGUGGUGGUGAAGCGGAAGAGGAAUGUGUUUUGGGGGCGAAGGUGGAAUUUUUUGGAUGUCGGCACUGCAGCUGUGGUGGUGGUGAUGCAUUUGCUGUGCCUUUUCGCUCCCUUUACAUUCAAUUGGGGUGCUUUUGGGGUUGCUGUUGGAUUGUAUGUGGUGACUGGCCUUCUGGGUAUAACUCUUUCUUUCCAUAGAAAUCUUUCCCACCGAAGUUUCAAGCUUCCAAAAUGGCUUGAGUACUUGUUUGCUUAUUGUGGAGUUCAAGCACUUCAGGGGAAUCCGAUUGACUGGGUGAGUACACACAGAUACCACCAUCAGUUUUGUGAUUCUGAGAGAGACCCACAUAGUCCCACGGAAGGAUUUUGGUUCAGUCACAUGAGUUGGCUUUUUGACCACAACACUGUGGCAGAAAGGUGCGGGAAACCCACCAAUGUUGGGGACUUAGAGAAGCAGCCCUUUUAUAAAUUUCUUCAAAGCACUUACAUUGUACACCCAAUUGCCCUUGGGGCUCUCCUAUAUGCACUUGGUGGGUUUCCCUUCAUCGUUUGGGGAAUGGGUGUGAGGAUUGUAUGGGUGUACCACAUUACUUGGCUAGUGAACUCAGCUUGUCAUGUAUGGGGAAAACAGGCAUGGAACACGGGUGACUUAUCCAGGAACAAUUGGUGGGUGGCAUUGCUUGCAUUUGGAGAGGGUUGGCAUAACAAUCAUCAUGCCUUUGAAUACUCUGCUUGUCACGGACUAGAAUGGUGGCAGAUCGAUAUGACAUGGUAUAUGGUGAGGUUUCUUCAAGCGAUUGGAUUGGCCGAUGAUGUCAAGGUUCCAACCGAGACUCACCAACAACGAAUGGCUUUUAACAACUAGAAAUUUAUUGCCAUUUUCUGAUGUCAGGUUUCCAUCUGAGUAUGCCAUUUACCUAAACAUCUUGGGUUAGGCCAAGAGAACUGACUCUGUUUUUGUUUGCUGAUAAAGCUGAAUUGAUCUUGUUAUUGAUACACAACUACCCAAGUGAUGCAAAAAUUACAUUUUCUGAAAUAUGACA